UAUUAUUUUUUUUUGAUUUCUUUUGGAAAAUUUGAUUAAAAAAAUAAGUUUUCAUUGGAUUUAUAAAAGUAUCGAAGUAAUCAAAGUUAAUUAUGUGUUAGAAAUGAUUGUAUAAUUUUUUCGUGGCUCAAACCGUAUCCCUCCUAUCUAAUCAAUAAUUAUAGAUUUAUUUAAGCUCGAAUUCAAUACAGAUUCUUUCUGAAAUAAUCACCGAAAACCCAAGAGAUCUCGGAUUUCUCAAUAAGUAAUCGGAAUUCAGAAUGGACACUCUUGACAGAAUAUGUAUAUGUAGGUUGUGUGCUUUGGAGAAAGAAAUCUACCUCAGAAUUUACGAUGAAGAAGGAUAUAAACUGGCCCUUGGUAUAAAAAUUAGUAAAUACCUACAAAUUGAAGUCGACGAGAAGGAUUCUUUACCCAAAAGUAUUUGCUGCGAAUGUUUCUCAAAGCUGGAAGACUAUUCAAAUUUCGUGAAUAACAGUCAAAAUGCUCAAAUAGCUCUACUGAAGAUUUUCCCUCUUUUCGAAGACAAUUCAUUGAAAGAAGAGAAUCUCUAUGCGCACGAUGCUAUUUUUCAAGCGCAAUCGAAUUUACUGAAUUUUAGUACAGCUGAGUUGGAUAAAGUGGAUCAACGGGAAGCAACUUUCGAAUGCACUGAUUUAAAUUUAACAGUUCCCGGUUCCAGUUGUUUUUUUGAUACUAACAAACCAGCAGAUUGUUUAUUCGAAGAACGAAAUAAAAUCAUACAAAAUAACUCCGCAGCCGGAGAAUGCUCCACCGAUUUAAGUCACCAAGUUCAGUGUGAUGGAAUGAAUAACGAGUGCGCUAAUUUAAAUUCUGCGGAUUGCAAUUUAUUCAAUUUACGUAAAAAACUUAAUAAGCGAAAAUGCGUCACUCCGGUACGUUAUUUCACCAAUAACGCGGCUGCGGCUCGGACAAAGCGAAAAUUGUGCCGUAAAAAGAAAAUAGUCGCUGCGAAGAAGAAAAAAAUGGAUUCAAAUACGAAUAAAGAUCAAGAAGAUUACAGUGAAAACGAAUCUGAACUAUUCAAGGAAAAAUACUUUAAUCAUUUUCCUUGGACGUGUACCGGAUGCGAGGCAAAUUUUCCCACUUUGAUCGAAUUACAAGAUCACUACGCCGAUUAUCACCUGCAGUCACCUCGUUACAUGUGUCCGUACUGCUACAAAGUCUACAUGCAAUAUCAAGGCUUCGUAAGUCAUAUGAAAAAACGACAGUGCGAUACCGAAGCCACCUGCGAUCAAUGUGGUAAAGUAUUUUCUGCGAAGAGACUGCUCGAGACGCAUAUGCUACUCCAUACCGGCAAAAGACCGUACGAAUGCAAUCAUUGUGGAAAAUCAUUCCGGCAACAAAGCGCUUUGUACGUCCAUAGCAGGUGCCAUUUGCCCGAACACAUGAAAGUCGAGUACUCUUGUGAUCAGUGUGAUAAAAGUUUUUCAACUAAACCUAACUUGAUCACGCAUAAAAAAAUACAUACCGGAGUUCGUAACUAUGUAUGUGACUUAUGCGGUAAAAGUUUCGUUCAGAAGGGUAACUUAUGCGCUCACAAAUUGACUCAUUCCAACACUAAGCCGUUUACUUGCGAAAUAUGUAAUAAGGAAUUCAAGACUUCGAUGCAAUUACGUAAGCAUAGCAAUGUUCAUACGGGCAAAAAACCCCAUCAAUGUGAUACUUGUGGACGGACAUUCCGAGAAAGAGGAACGCUAAAAGAGCAUUAUCGAAUUCACACCGGUGCGAUGCCUUUCUCUUGUGAAUUUUGUGGAAAAGCGUUCAGAUUCAAAGGCGUUUUAACGACUCAUCGACGACAGCAUACCGGCGAAAAACCAUAUUCUUGCCUAGAAUGUCAACAUCAUUUCACCAACUGGCCCAACUACAAUAAACACAUGAAACGUCGUCACGGCAUAAAUACUAGUAAAGCAACACGGAUCAAAUUAGAUGAACCUGCACAGAAUCAUCCUGUUCCUCAGGAAACUAUAAAUAGCAAUACUGACGGUAUGGAUAUUCCAUCUUUCGAAGACACGCUUCAACCUGUUUCUGUACAUAAUGACAAAACAGUGGAUUUAUUCGACACUACAAAUGCUAACGAUAAUAUGGCGACGACGUAUUUGCUAUCGCAUCAAAAUUACGCUUAUAACUCGCUAAACGCGUAUUAUAAUAUGACCACUUUGCAGACUAUUAAUCAGACCAGCGAAGUGGUUGAUAUGAUGAAUACGAAUAUGUACAGGGAUUACGUUUAAGGGAUCAUCUUUUACUUCAUUAUAUUAUUUAUUUGGUAUUUAUGUAUUUUUUUAACGUUUUUUUGUUUUAUUACAUUAUUUUUGGGUGAAAAAAUAAAAUGUACCUAGUCUGUUUCGA